AUGAAUGGGACGGAAGGUAUCAAUUUCUAUGUGCCUUUCUCCAAUAAAACAGGGGUGGUGCGGAGCCCCUUUGAAUAUCCCCAAUAUUACCUAGCAGAACCCUGGAAAUACAAAAUUGUUUGCUGCUAUAUCUUCUUCCUCAUCUCCACCGGGCUGCCCAUCAACAUCCUCACCCUAGUUGUGACUUUCAAACAUAAGAAGCUACGGCAGCCACUCAACUAUAUCCUGGUUAACCUGGCAGUAGCGGACCUCUUCAUGGCCUGCUUCGGCUUCACCGUCACCUUCUCCACGGCCUGGAAUGGCUACUUCAUAUUUGGUCCCACCGGCUGUGCCAUUGAGGGCUUCUUUGCAACACUGGGAGGUCAGGUUGCCCUCUGGUCCUUGGUUGUCCUAGCCAUAGAGCGGUAUAUUGUGGUCUGUAAACCAAUGGGCAACUUCCGCUUCUCUGCAACCCAUGCCUUGUUGGGCAUUGCUUUUACUUGGGUUAUGUCCUUAUCCUGUGCUUGCCCACCUCUCUUUGGUUGGUCCAGAUAUAUACCCGAGGGGAUGCAGUGUUCCUGUGGCCCAGAUUAUUACACUCACAACCCUGAUUAUCACAAUGAGUCCUAUGUUGCCUAUAUGUUUGUCGUCCACUUCAUCAUCCCUGUGGUGGUCAUCUUCUUUUCCUAUGGGCGGCUCAUAUGCAAAGUCCGAGAGGCAGCUGCUCAGCAGCAAGAAUCUGCUAGCACUCAGAAGGCAGAGAAAGAAGUUACCCGCAUGGUCAUCCUGAUGGUGCUGGGAUUUAUGCUUGCCUGGACCCCCUAUGCUGUGGUGGCAUUUUGGAUCUUCACCAACAAAGGGGCAGACUUUUCUGCUACACUCAUGUCAGUGCCUGCCUUCUUCUCCAAGAGUUCAUCUCUCUACAAUCCCAUCAUCUAUGUCCUCAUGAACAAACAGUUCCGUAACUGCAUGAUUACCACAAUCUGUUGUGGCAAGAACCCCUUUGGGGAUGAGGAUGUCUCAUCAACUGUAUCCCAGAGCAAGACUGAGGUAUCCUCUGUCUCUUCCAGCCAAGUCUCACCUGCAUAG